AUGGCCUUCGCCAGAUCAGCCAGUGGACCGGCCGGUCUUAGUAUCAACACUGGAGCCGCAAACCUGUUCGGCAGCGCUUCGAGUCAGCCUCCUCCACCUGGCGGCGCAUUCCCAGCCAGUGCACAACCGUCGACGCAAACCAACAGCCUUUUUGGCGGCAAUACCUCCACUUCUCAGCCUCAAGCCCAGACGCCCUCUCUCUUUGGCGGGAACCUGAACCAGCAGCAGCAACAACAACAGCCACAACCCCAACAGCAGCAGCAGCCUGGCGGUGGCGGACUGUUUGGAUCAAGCAUGGCGGCAGCAUCGUCACAGCCCAGCCUGUUCGGCUCCAGUACCGCAACAGCAGCCACAGGUGGAGGAGGCCUGUUUGGCGCGACGACAACUUCUCAACCUCAACAGACUGGCGGCGGUCUCUUCGGCUCGGGCAACACCGCCGCAGCUCAACCGUCACAGGGCGGCGGGGGAGGACUGUUUAAUACCACUGCACCCCAGCCUGCGUCGACGGCUGGCGGUGGGUUGUUCAGCAAUGCACAGAAUCCUGGCGCUUCUUUGUUCGGCGGCGGCGGCGGAAACACCAACACUGCCAACACGGGGACGUCGAGCUUGUUUGGCCAGAGGCCGGCGCAGACUGGUGGUCUCUUUGGUGGCCAGCCAACUACCCAACCUGCCCAGGCCUCAUCAGGCGGCUUUUUCGGUGGUUUCAACCAGUCCACGAACCAGCAGCAACAACAGCAAGCAAAUCCUACUCUAGGCUCCACCAUGAACUCUCAGGUCGUCCCAGGCGUGCGCAUCGAUCUUUCAAACCUCAAGUCCACCACGCGCUUCAACGACCUUCAAGAAGAUCUUCAAAAGGAGAUUGCCAACAUUGACAAGUUCAUCCAGAAUUGCAUCUCACAAAAGGAUCAGCUCGAUGCCUUCAUGCCCGCACACGGCGAGCAGCUCUCCGCCAUCCCGGGUGACGUGCGCUUCGUCGGGCGCAAAUAUACCGCCGUCGACUCGGCGCUGGGCGCCGACCUGCACGCCAUCAAGCAGAUGCGCGACCUGGUCAAGUCGGACGCUGAGGAGGCGAAGCUCAGCUUCUCGGCGGUGGACAACCUCAUGCUGCCCAGCCAAUACCACGUCAGCAACACGCCGGGCUUCUUCGGGAGCUCGACCAGGGACAGCUCGGGGAGCGCUGGCAAGGCCGGCAACGACGACGACAAGACGGCAUCCGACCUGGUGGGCUACUUCUCCAAGCAGGUCGACGAGAUGGACGACCAGAUCAGGCGCUUCCAGAAGAAUGUCCGCGAGAUCGAGGCGCACCUCGGCAACGUGCAGCAGAACGUCAUGGACCAGGCCAGCCGGCUGCAGAAUGGCGGCGGCAGCGGCGUCUUUGGUGCUGGAUCGGCCGAGGACAAGCAGAUGGAGCUCUAUUCCGUGCUGAGGGACUUCGAGGAGAGCAUUCUACAGGUCGCAGGCGUGGUUGGUGCGGGCAGGGAGGGGGUUACAGAGUUACAGCUCAGUGACUUCAGGGGCAGGGGGCUGAAUGGCGUGCACUGA